AUGCAGAAAACUGCAGAAAACCAAAACCAGAAACUGAGAUGCAGAAAACCAAAACCAGAAACUGAGAUGAAGAAUCGGCUUCGAUCGUUGGUGGUCUUCGAUGAUGGUCGUGCGAAUGGGUUGGUGGUCUUCGACGAUCGUUGGUGGUCUUCGAUGAUCGUUGGUGGUCUGGAGGUUUCUGGAGGUGAAGUUGAAGAGGUUUCUGGAGGUGAAGUUGAAAGGUCUCGCGAAUGGCUUUGGUUUCAAACUAAAUACUGA